ACUCCCAAGGAUCCGUUCCGACAGGAAUUCACCAUGGCGCUUUGUCGGACAUGGGUUCGCACAAAGAGUGUUUCGCCGCGGGAAUCCUCGACGAGAAAGGAAAUGUCGUCGCAAGGAAAUUUUGUGCACUUUAUAUGUACAACUCUAAUCCGCUGCCCAACUUUCCGGAGAUCAUCGAGAAAGAGCGAGAUAACGCGAAGAAGUUCGUCUUCCAGCAGUCGGCGGUGAAGCUGGGUGCCUGCAUCCCAUCGUCGUGCACCAAUGACGACAUCACAAUCAUCCUAAAUGAAGCACUUUCGGAGUGGAAGCUGUUGACCUUCGUUUCCGCCUGCGACUACAACGUUCCACCGGACGAGCCGUCCGUCUUUGUCAUUUUAACUCUGGCGGCAUUCGUAAGUGCGGUGGUGCUGGCGACUAUUCUCGAUGUGAUCCACCGACGAAAGCUCGCCCUGGUCGACCAAGCGACGGCUGACGGAGAUUCUGGCAGCAGCCCAUUCUUGGCGCGACUCCAGACUCUGUCCCUGCUUCGGGCCACGCGUGCCACGUUCCGCGUGGAUGGCGGCGCCAAAGGAGGAAGACUCGACGUCUUCAACGGUCUACGCGUCAUCGGCCUGGUGUGGGUGAUCGCCAUUCACUCGUACAUCUACAUGGACGAUGCACUAAUUGACAACAGCGACGAACUGUACGAAAUGUCCAGAACGCUUGGAUGGCAGUUCAUCGUAAACGCUACCAUGAGCGUCGCAAUUUUCACGACAGUCAGUGGCUUCAUGCUGUGGAUGGCUAUUUCGAAGCGAUCAGCUGAAGAUAAUGGCAAGACGAGUUGGCUCGCUAUGGUGCUUCACAGGUACCUCAGGUUGUUCCCACUCGUGGUUCUGACGGCGUGCUUCCACCACUUGGUGCCGAUUUCGGGGUACGGUCCCCUCUGGGCCACUUUCGGCGAAAUGCGCAAAGGGGCCUUCCCAGACAACUGGCCUUUUUACGUCACGGGGCUGCUCAACUGGCUCGAUUUGGAUAAAAUAUGCAGUCCGCAACACUGGUAUACAGGAAUGGACUUUCAAGUUUUCGCAAUCACACUCUUCUUCGCACGCAUAUUGAAAAGGCAAGCGUUUUCUCUUUCUUCUUUGACUCCAAUGCCACCUUUAAAAUCACGCUUAAAGGGGUCCUGCGACAUAAAUUAAGCAUGUCGUUUUCAACGCCUGUUCUGGUACUGUGAAAUGCGCCGACAUCGUUGCGAAAGGGGCAUCGCCGAAAAUGAAGCCGUUAUAAUUUUAUUUCACCGGAUAAACAACCAUGAUUUCGGACUACAGCGACACAUAUCGACUAUUUUUGUUAUGGGAAGUGGCGUUUCGUCAUGUGGCAGUGACGACAAAGGCCGUGCGUUUUCAUUGGCUGGACGCGACAAGUACCAUGCAAUAUUCAUAUGGUGGUAGCUAGGUCAUAUUACUGAGCGCUAAAAAGAAUAAAACUCCUUUUUUAUGCUUUCUCAGAAACAAAUCACUUCUGUUUCUAACUGAUAUAUUUUUAAAACAACGGACACGACGCCAGGUGCGCUGUGGA